GCACGGCACGUUCUUCUUCAGGCGCGUGACAUCAGCACGGGUGAGGCCGGCUUGAACGAGGGAGAGAAGGUAACGGCUGGAGCGGACAAAAUGGCUGUUAAUGUUUAUUCCACAUCAGUGACAAGUGACAAUCUGAGUCGUCAUGAUAUGCUGGCAUGGAUCAACGAAUCUCUGCAACUCAACCUGACCAAGAUAGAGCAACUCUGUUCAGGAAAUGCGUAUUGUCAGUUCAUGGACAUGUUGUUUCCUGGAUCCGUCACGUUAAAGAAAGUGAAGUUCGGAGCCAAGCUUGAACACGAGUACAUCCAGAAUUAUAAAGUUCUGCAAGCCGGCUUCAAGAAAAUGGGUAUUGACAAAAUAAUUCCAGUUGACAAGUUGGUGAAAGGAAAGUUUCAAGACAACUUUGAAUUUGUACAGUGGUUUAAAAAGCUUUUUGAUGCAAAUUACGACGGGAAAGACUAUGACCCAGUUGCUGCCAGACAAGGACAAGGUCAAGAGUCUGCUCCCGCUCCAGCCCUCCCAACUCCAGUUCUGAACAAACCCAAGAAGCCCAUUGGAUCUACGAACUCAGCUCCACAGAGGGCCGUACCAGCCCAGAGGACCGCAGUCGUCAACAAGCCUGCCCAGGGGAUCACCAGGAAACCUGCAGGUUUGGGCAACGGAGAAGAGGAGUCUGCAGAGCUAGUCCAACAGAUAAAUGUUCUGAAGAUCACUGUGGAAGAUCUAGAAAAAGAAAGAGACUUUUAUUUCGGCAAACUAAGGAAUAUCGAGCUAAUUUGCCAAGAGAACGAGGGGGAGAGUGACCCAGUGCUUCAGAAGAUCAUAGAGAUUCUGUAUGCCACGGAUGAGGGUUUUGUUAUUCCAGAUGAAGGUGCACCAGCGGAGGACCAGGAAGAAUAUUAACGUGGUUCUUUUACCUCUUCCCAUGCAAUCAUAUUUUUUUUUUUUUCGUCCACAUAAUGUGCUUAACCGUAAAACAAAAAAAAUCUCCCUUUUUAUUCUCGGAGGCCCGGGGUUCAGCUCCUCACUUUUCAGAAAGUGUGCUUUGCUAAAGUUUCACUUCUUUUACGGUGGCGAAACCUUGGAGAUGUCCCUUUUUUUGUAGCAAGAAAGUAUUAAACUGCCCUGUUCCCCCCCACUUUUUUUUUUUUUGUAUGAUUCAUUUUUGAGGUUCCCGCGCGGAACGUUCAGUAAGGACUCUUGAAGGUUUCAGUCGCUAGCAGGCAAGAAUGUUUUAAAACUCGAAUUUGCGAAGAGAAAAGUUUACCGGUUGACUUUGUUGUCGGGUUGUGACGUUUGAACAAAAAGGAAAAUUGUUGUUUGGUCUAAUAUGGUUGACAGACAAAAAUGCCUUAAGGAGUUUAUAUGUGCUUUCAUAUCUAAGCUCUCGCAGUGUAAUAUGGCUUAGUAAGUGUAUGUGUCUCAUAGGUAGGUGCUCUCCCCGACGCGAGCUUUGGGGGUUACUCUUGUGGAAAUGUUUUUUUUCUCUUUAACGCUUGCAUGUAGAGUGGUCCCAACGUGCUGCUCAAGGUGUAAGGUGCCGAGGGGGGGAAAGGGUCGCGUCGGCGUGACUGCCUCUACCUCCAUCGCCUUUACCUUCUCGCCUCCGACAAAAAUGGCUUCAGCCCCUCC